GGAAAAAGUGUAAUCGCGAGGGGGAAGGUGAAAAAAAAAAAAAAUAGCUGAAGUGAAGAUGGCGAGAGGCUCCCGGUGUUUGCGGAGAGCGGUAGCGGAGUGUAUUAAACAGUUACCAUUUACGGCUACUCGAGAAACACCGGGCAGGAAUGGAGUCAGAUAUCUGUCAUCGUGUGGGAUUCUGAUGACCAGGGUGCCUCCUCUCUUGCGGACCGUGUCUGGCCGUCCUGUGCUCAAUCCAGCCAGAAGCUUUUUCAACCUCACCGAUUCCUUUAACAAAAGGAAAGAGUACUCUGAGAGACGCAUCAUUGGUUACUCCAUGCAAGAGAUGUAUGAUGUGGUGUCCAAGGUUGAAGACUAUCUUCACUUUGUGCCCUGGUGCAAGCGCUCAGACGUAGUGUUCCGGCGUUCUGGUUUCUGUAAGGCCAAGCUAACAGUGGGCUUUCCUCCAGUGGUGGAGAAUUACACAUCUCUUGUUACGACAGUGCGCCCCCAUUUGGUGAAGGCUUCAUGUUCUGAUGGUAAACUGUUCAAUCAUCUGGAAACGGUGUGGCGCUUCAGUCCUGGCCUACCUGGCUACCCCCGUACAUGCACCCUGGACUUUGCUAUUUCCUUCGAGUUCCGCUCCCUGAUACAUUCUCAGUUGGCCACCGUGUUCUUUGACGAAGUAGUAAAGCAGAUGGUGUCAGCGUUUGAACGACGGGCCUGCAAACUCUAUGGCCCCGAGACACAGAUCCCACGCGAACUAAUGUUCCACGAGGUCCAUCACACGUAGCGUCUCUCCACACGAAGAGGCUUCCAGGGUGGGAGGGCAUUAAGGGAAUUCUGGUAAAGGGUCCUUUUGGAGAGGGGGAGCUAACGAACACAACUUCACAUGCCUCAGUAUCUGCAGUGCCUGGUCCAAGCAAAACCAUUUGAUUUUACAUUUUUAUCCUAAGUUAUUUUUGAGGCUGGAUCUAAUUUAAGGGAUUAAAUUUGUUGUGUGAAUUAAGCAUACAGCUGCAACACUCCAUCUCUAACAAUAUUUUUGAGCUGCAUUUUGAGCCAUACUGUUUAAUGGCAGCUGGAGUAUGUGGAAGGUCUGUCAAGAGCUCAAUGAACAGAUGUUGGUUUUGUGAAUAGCGCACAAGGAGAUGGAGACGGUUAUUUGGCAUGUGUGAGAUCGGGAUUUCGGUAGGAUUGAACCAGGCUUGUUUUUUUCACAAGUUACUUUUUGAAUCUUCUUGUAAGCUUUCUCCGUGUGUGUGUGUGUGUGUGUGUUUUUUUUAAUAAACACGCACAAACUAUUUCGGAAUAACUGGACUUGUCCAGUAAGCGUGGUUGCGCCCAUAAUCAGCACCAGUAUUUUUUUUUUUUUUUUUUUCAAUCAUGUCAAAUUUUUUUUGUUAACAAACUCCCAAGGAGACUUGAUUUGAGUGCCCUGAAUAUAAAAAAGGGGACACUAUACACAUGCUUGGACUGCUACAGUGGUUGAAUGAGUGCAUGCAUUCAGUCAGUGCAGCAUAUAAGAGCGACAGGCUGCAAUCCUUCCACACCAGCAUCAGUAAGGCUUUCCAUGACACAAGUGCUAUGAGAAACCGAACAUGUUUAAAAAACACUUCACUCACAUGGAGCUAACUUUUUUUUUUUCUUCUUCACCAUGCAGAGUGGUGACAUGGUUGCCAAGUCUUUAGGAGCGAUGUGAAGUUGGCACAUGUAUAUAGUUUUAACUGCUGAACGUUCAUUAAUGGGAGCACAAUACAUAACAUCUUAUGGUGUGUCUCAAGUGUCCAAAUCAAGGGACAAAUGUUUUAUUGUUAUAUGUGUGCAAUAUAUUUGUAAAGUUAGAUUUUUAACAGAUAGAUCCUUGCAACUUUACUAAAAGGGCCCAAACUCAGGGGGCUGAUGGGGGGGUAAAUACACUUCAUGGCUCUCAUGAGAUUGCUAUAAAGUGAGUUAUCUGCAAGCAUAGACCUUAAAGAUUCAGAUCUGACCUGCAUGCCCUUACUGCUUUUGAACCUAGCACGUGACAUAUUAUUUAUCAUUGUCUUCAAACAUAUAUUCAUAGACAUCAUAUGAUAUUUAUUUUGGUUAUGGGAAAACCACAUGUAUAUAACUAAUGUAAGAUCACAGACUAGAAUACAGUGUAUAAUAGGUUUUUGUUUUUUUUUUGUUUCUUGUAGUAAGGCUUUAUUUUAGUCGUAUUGAUUUGGGUGUUUGAGUGUUGUGGCGAGUAUGUAUCCUGCCUGCAUGGUUUAUAAACUAUUUUUAUAUUUAAAAAUCA